AAUAUUUUCUUUUCAUGAUGAGUUCCGUCUCAGAAGCCCAUAGAGUAAAUCGUCCCAAUUCAGGCCACAUAGCUCCCCCAGACUUUCAGGCACUGCAAGAUGUCCCAGACUCAUACUCAUGGCCUCAGCUUGAUGAAAACUCCUCUAUGGACUUGAUUGAUCCAUUAGUAUCUGUACCUGUUGUGGAUCUUACCGACCCUAAUGUCGUCGACUUGGUGGGCCGAGCAUGCCAGGAAUGGGGUGUGUUCCAAGUCAUUAACCAUGGUAUCCCCAUGGGCCUAAUAAAGGAAACUGAGUCUGAGGCCCGACGUCUGUUCUCCCUUCCGACCGAUCAGAAGCUCAAGGCCCUUCGUUCACCUGAUGGACCCACCGGCUAUGGCCUUGCUCGUAUUGCACGCUUCUUCGACAAGUUGAUGUGGCAUGAAGGCUUUACCAUGAGGGGCUCACCCAUCGAAGACGCCCGCAAGCUUUGGCCUGACAAUUACACAACCUUCUGUGAUGUAAUGGAGAAGUAUCAGAAGGAGAUGAAGGAGCUAACAGGGAGGUUAAAGAGGCUGAUACUUGCCUCAUUGGGCUUGACUACAGAAGAAGAUUUAAAGUUGACUGGGCUCGGCCCAUCAGGUGAAUUCACUGAAGGCUCCAUAACUCCUCUCCAGUUGAACUAUUAUCCGUCCUGCCCCAACCCAAGCCGGGCCAUGGGUCUAGCAGCACACACAGAUACAUCCAUGUUCACCAUUCUGUGCCAAGGUGAUAUAAGUGGUCUCCAGAUCUACAAGGAUGGAGUUCAAUGGAUCACAGUGCCACCAGUGUCCGGAGCAUUCGUCGUCAAUGUCGGCGAUCUUCUUCAGAUUCUUUCUAAUGGCCGAUUCCCCACUCUUGUCCACCGAGUUCUUGUGAACCAGGCUUACAAUCGGAUCUCUAUAGCCUACUUCUAUGGUCCAACACCCAACACUCAGAUCAAGCCUUUCUCCAAGUUAAUUGAACCGGGCGAUGUCCCUCGCUAUCGUUGUGUGUCAUGGGGAGAGUAUAUCAACACCAAAGCCAAGCAUCUGAACAAGGCACUCUCUCUGGUUAGCAAUAUGGAACAAGUAGAGAAUCAUCAGAGCCAUAAGACCUAAGA